UGGAUCAGCGGAAGGCUUGGCAAAUCCAUAAUGCAUGAAACCCCUUAUCUUUCCAGUGCAGAUGGAUCUGGUUCGACCGGAGGAAGAUGCCAUCUAUAUGUGUUCUAACUCCCUGGGCCUGAAACCCGAAAAGGUCGACGAGUACAUGAACGAACUCCUCGACAUGUGGGCCAACUGGGGAGUGCUGUUCCAGUUCGAGGGGAGAUUCGCGGGUCGGGACAUCGACCUGCCCCCCCGGGGAGCCAUGGAGAGGAUGGUCGGCGGGCUGCCCUACGAGGUCGCCCUCAUGAACGGCCUCACCGUGAACCUCCACUGCGCCCUCAUCCACUUCUACAGGCCCUCGCGGGAGCGGUUCAAGAUCCUCAUCGAGAGUCAAGCCUUCCCUUCUGACAUGUAUGCCGUGAAAUCCCACUUGAGCAUGCACGGGAUAAAGGAUGAGGAGGGAUUGGUGCUGCUUCGUCCACGAGCAAACGAACAAACACUGAGAAAGGAGGAUAUCCUUGAUCUCAUCGAAAGAAACGGGGAUGAGAUAGCACUCAUUCUCCUCCCGGGAGUCCAAUAUUACACAGGUCAAUAUUUCGACAUCCCAACCAUCACAAGGGCAGGUCACGAGAAGGGAUGCAUCGUCGGGUGGGACCUCGCUCAUUCUGUCGGGAACGUGGAGCUGCAUCUACACGAAUGGGACGUGGAUUUCGCGGUGUGGUGCACGUACAAGUACAUGUGCGGGGGACAAGGGGCGAUCGGCGGGUUCUUCCUCCACGAGAAGCACUGGGGUCGGGAUGCUCCUCGGCUGGACGGCUGGUGGGGCACCAGGGACGACGUCCGGUUCCGAAUGGAGGCCCAAAUCCACCCGGCUCCGGGUGCCGAUUCCUUCCGCAUCUCCAACCCUCCUGCUUGGAUCGUCGUCACUGUCCUCGCGGCUCUGGAGGUCCGUUUUCGAUCAGACCAACAUGAGGGAAAUGACGAAGAAGCAGUUUUGGUUGACUGGGUACUUGGAACUCCUUCUGAAGUACAUCAACGAGGAACUCAAGGGAAAACGCAAGGAGACAAGGUAAAAAAAAAAAAAAAAGGGUAUGGUUUCCAGCGUGUGUCGCUACCCCACACAGCACAGCAAAGGCAUGUCAUCCCUCUCCGUUCUGGAGAUGCAAGAUGCGUUUUGUCUAGAUCUCGAGAUCCCAUCACGCUGGUGACUCCCUCAGACCCCAGGGAGAGAGGCUGCAUGAUCAGCGUGGCCAUGGACGGAUGCGGCGCCGAGGAAGUCCACGAGGAACUCCUCAAGAGAGGAGUUGUGACCGACAUGCGAGUGCCGGAAGUGAUCAGGGUGGCGCCAUUCCCCCUUUACAAUACCUUUGAAGACGUUUGGAACUUCGUCCAGAUGCUGAGAGACGUGAUUCUGCUCUUCUCUUCCUGAUGUCCUCUUUAGUUUUCUUAGCUGUUCUUUCUACUAUCCAGGUAUACGCUUUCUGGCAGCAAGACCGUCGUUUACUAGACUGUAUACAUUUAGCACCUCAUCAAUUUAAAGAAUUUCUUAUAUCUUCGUUUGGAUAAAUGCGCGCUUGGAAAAGUGGCCCAACUUUGGUUUCUCUCGUCCAAGCAGAAUAUUACUUCGAUUGAGGCUGUGUUGUGCGUUUUUAUCUCAAAAAGAUAGCUGAAUAAACAAGCGAAAGGUGUUG